AUGAAGGCAGCAGCAAUACAAGCUCCACAUGAAACAUGUUUGAACUCUUCCAGCAUGGGAAAAAAUGUAAAAUCAGUAACUACAGCACUUAAACGUGAAGUCGGGCUGGUUAGCUCUGUAAGUCUCCUUGUAGGCACAAUGGUUGGAUCUGGGAUUUUUAUGACCCCAGAAUGGGUCCUGUAUUAUACAGGCAGCCCUGGUGCCAGUCUUGUAAUAUGGGCUGCAUGUGGUGUGCUGUCAAUGUUAUCAGCACUUUGUUACAUUGAACUUGGAUCUGUAAUUAAAGAAUCUGGAGGAGAGUACAUAUAUCUCUUGAAAAUUUUUGGCCCCCUCCCUGCCUUUCUUCACUUUUACACUAAUGAAAUUUUAGUAAGACCUUCUUCAUCAGCAGCUGUGGCACUAAGCUUUGCAAAAUAUGUAGUUGCACCAUUUUAUCCAGGCUGCGUUCCACCUCAGGUGGUUGUGAAAUUCUUAGCUGCUGCAUGCAUCAUAGUUGUACUUUUCAUAAACUGUUUCAGUGUAAGGCUGGCUACAUCGACUCAGACUUUUUUCACAGCAGCCAAAGUGCUGGCCCUAGUUGUCAUUCUAACUGGUGGAACAGUUAUUCUCCUUCAGGGACAGACAAGAAACCUACAGAAUGCUUUUCACGGUACAGCUGCAGGCUUCGGUCCAGUAGGGUUAGCUUUCUAUCAAGCAUUAUGGGCUUAUGGUGGCUGGAGCAAUUUGAACUCUGUCAUUGAAGAAGUUAAGCGUCCUGAGGUAAACCUACCCAGGGCAGUACUGAUCUCAGUUCCUCUGGUCACCUUUUUGUAUGUGAUGGUCAAUGUCAGCUACUUUGCAGCAAUGACAAGCAGUGAACUUCUGACAUCAGGUGCUGUCGCUGUUACCUGGGGGAACAAAAUUCUGGGAACUUGGAUGUGGCUCAUGCCGGUUGCAGUUGCAAUGUCCACAUUUGGAACUAUUAAUGGUUCCUUUUUCUGUACAUCACGAGUAUGUUAUGUGGCUGCGAGGGAAGGACAUCUGCCGAAGAUUCUCUCCAUGGUUCAUGUGCAGUGUCUUACCCCAUCUCCUUCACUUAUAUUCAAAGCGCUCUUAUCUCUCUGUAUUAUCGUACCAGGAAACUUUGUAAAAAUUGUGAAUUAUUGCAGCUUCACAACAUGGCUGUCUUAUGGCAUGAUUUUUUCUGGACUUGUGUACUUAAGAAUAAAGGAACCUCAUCUACCACGUUCUUACAAGGUUCCACUGGCAGUACCAGUUAUUAUACUGGUUGUCUCAGCUUACUUGAUUUUGGCACCUAUCAUUGACAGUCCAGAGAUUGAAUACUUGUAUGCUGUCCUCUUUAUUCUUAGUGGUAUAAUCAUCUAUGUUCCAUUGAUUCAUUUUAAACUUCACCCAGAAUUUCUCAGCAAAAUUACUUUAUAUUUGCAGCUUCUGCUGCAAGUGGUCCCUGCUACUAAAAACAUUGACUGA